UCGCCAUAUUUACAUCUUCCAGUGUUUCAGCAUUCUAGACUUCCCCUUCUAAACAAAGAUCAGUUUUCACCAGCAGGUAGACCAGGCCACGUACAACUAUCAGAGAACAUAAAGAAAGUGCUCGUCCCUGCGCGAUUGCGCACAUCGAUCCAAAGUCCAGUGAAUCGAAGCCCUCGAGUACGCGUAGUAUGUGACUCGAAGGAAAUGCGCGUAAAAGUUCCCAAAUUCAUUUUGGGAUCUGGGGUACCGCAGUAUGAAGUGAAACUUGAAACAUGUAAUAUAAGCAGAUCGGCAAAGCACUAUAUUUUCUUUUAUUUUGAUAUGCGCUGAUGCGGUACCAAAAGGGAGAUAAUAAAUAACAAAUUGGUGUAUUCGAACACACUCCACUACACCCUCGUUGCGACUAAGGGGUCGAUGAGAAGUGUCUAUGUCCUUAUACAGUGUCAUUUCAACAGAUUCCACUACUCUUACAAAAUUGGUUUUCUGCCAUAUAUUGAAACACAGCGACUUUUCAAGCCCAUGAAAACCAAGGGUAGCAUCACACUGACACCAUGCGAUGCCCAGUGGAACAGGCUAUCCCCCUCUGAGGGUUACACCAUCGGUCACCCCAUGUACUUUGAAGCCAAGGUUCCCUCUGUCGCAGAAGGUGAAAGGUUGUUUGUGCAUUCCUGCCAUGUGAACAUGAACAGCUCUCUCUUCUCCAUGCCACAAGUUAUCAUCAUAGACAACUAUGGGUGCAUAAUUGAUAGCAAGAACAAUAGUCGGUCAAGAUUCAUAGAGAGCACGAAGAAUGUUGUGAGGUUUUCUGUGGAAGCCUUUGUGUUCCAAGGAAGCCUUACAAAGCAUCUGUACAUGCAUUGUGAAAUGUCUGUCAAGAGUGAAAUUCCAACAGCAACUUCCAAGUUCUGUACUUGUAACCAAAACAAAAACAGAUGGGAAGAGCUCUACGGUUUCAACACAGUCUGCUCUUGCUGCAGCUCAACAUGUCUCUAUAGUGCCCCCAUUGCAUUCAACAAAACCAUCAGUAGCGAGAGCUGGUCCAUGACUGGAGAAGAGGAUGCUGGGGACGGAGACACUGCGAUCGCAUGGGAGAAUCGCCUGAGUGCAGUGCCAGAAUGGCAAACAAAUGAGUCACAUGUGUUCAAGGAGAUGUUUGGGUUGAACUGAGGGCUAAUAGGAUUGUGGAUCCAAA